AAGCCCACCUAAAAAACCUUAUAGAAAAAAAUCCAGCACCCUCUCGAAGAUCCUCCGACGGCGUACCAGACGAUGACGUGUGCGAAGCACCGCAUCGCCGCCCUCUUCCUUCUCCUGUUCUUCUUCUCCCCGGCAGGGAUGGUGGCGGCGAAGGACAAAGAUCGGAUCCCGACCACCCUGGACGGCCCCUUCCGGCCGGCGACCCGGCGGUUCGACCCGUCGCUCCGGCGGGGAAGCGACGAUCUCCCGAUGAACGACCCACGGCUCGCCAAGAAGGUCCGCUCCCCCUUCCCCGAGCAGAUCGCCCUCGCCGCCUCCUACUCCCCGACCUCCAUGUGGGUUUCUUGGGUCACCGGGGAUGCUCAGAUUGGAAAGAAUGUGACUCCGAUGGAUCCGUCGACGGUGGCGAGCGAGGUUUGGUAUGGGGAGGAGAGCGGAAAAUAUAGCUUUGUGAAGAGAGGGACGGCCACCGUCUACAGCCAGUUGUAUCCGUUCGAGGGGCUCUUGAACUACACCUCGGCCAUCAUUCAUCAUGUGCGGCUCGAAGGACUUAAACUAGGAAAGAGAUAUUACUAUAAAUGCGGAGAUAGUUCUUUAAAGGCUUUGAGUAAAGAACAUACAUUUGAGACUUUUCCCUCAUCUAGCCCAAACAUGUAUCCUCGUCGAAUUGCAGUGGUUGGAGAUCUGGGCCUCACAGGCAAUACGACAACUACCAUUGAUCAUCUAAGUCAGAACAAUCCUUCUAUUUUUCUGAUGGUUGGAGACUUAAGCUAUGCAAAUCAGUACUUGACCACAGGUGGCAAAGGUGCUCCCUGCUUUUCUUGUGCAUUCCCUGAUGCACCCAUUAGAGAGACAUACCAACCACGCUGGGAUGGGUGGGGAAGGUUUAUGGAGCCCCUCACAUCAAAGAUUCCCAUGAUGGUGAUUGAAGGAAAUCAUGAAAUCGAGCCACAAGUUGGUGGGAUGUCGUUCAAAUCAUAUCUGGCACGAUUUGCUGUUCCAUCAGAGGAAUGUGGCUCCAAUAGCAGUUUUUACUAUUCAUUCAAUGCUGGUGGAGUGCACUUUAUCAUGCUAGGGGCAUAUGUUGACUACAACCAGUCAGGUGCUCAGUAUGCUUGGCUUAAGGCAGACCUGCACCAAGUUGAUCGCCAAGUCACCCCUUGGCUAGUGGCUGCUUGGCAUCCACCUUGGUAUAAUAGCUAUUCAUCACACUAUCAAGAAUUUGAAUGCAUGAGACAGGAAAUGGAAGCGCUUCUAUAUCAGCAUGGUGUUGAUAUUGUCUUUUCCGGCCAUGUCCAUGCUUAUGAACGGAUGAACAGAGUGUUUAAUUAUACAUUGGAUCGUUGUGGACCAGUUUACAUAACUGUUGGAGAUGGUGGAAAUAUUGAGCAAAUUGAUAUUGAUCAUGCAGAUGAUCCCGGAAAGUGUCCUUCAAAAAGUGCCAAUAUUCCCGAAUUUGGAGGUGUCUGCCAUUUAAAUUUCUCUUCAGGCCCUGCAAAGGGAAAAUUUUGCUGGGAGCAACAACCAGAGUGGAGUGCAUUUAGAGAAAGCAGCUUUGGACAUGGAAUCCUAGAGGUUAUCAAUUCGACAUAUGCCUUGUGGACAUGGCAUCGUAAUCAGGAUAUUUAUGGAGAAAACAGCAGCGGAGAUCAAAUAUACAUCGUACGACAACCUGAACUUUGCUUGAUGAACAUUGGAGAUGUUACUCCCAGAACAUGAACAAUGCUUCCUGAUAAUUGGAGAUGUUGCAUGAAAUUGGAUAUAACCUAUUAUGUUUCUCCAACAGUUCUUACUCUUCUCCUCAAUGCUCUUCAUCAAAUCAAUGUGCAUCACAAGGCGUUCAGUAUAUAUAUCUAUUCAGCCUUCUCAUAAUUGGAUCUUUAUGUGUCAUCCUGGGUGAGUUAUGGAAGACAAUGUUCUUCUGGUAAGAGUUGGAAUUAGUCAAUUAAUUCAACCUUUCUCUCAACAGCGAGGAGUUCCAUGUCCUCCUUGUUAUGCUAGGGUGAAGUACGAUGUCAGGCUCUCCUUUUUUUUUUUUGUGUGUGUUCCUUGCUCUUUCCAAAACAGGUCUGGCAUAGGCCAAAGGAUUUUUUGAGGAAAAAUAAUUAAUUUUGUGUGAUAUGAAGAUCUGAUUCAGAAAAAAAAUGUAGCCAUUUUAUCUUGAGUUUGUUUCACGGACCUAUGUGGAUUUUUAUCCUAUUGUGAGUUCUAUUGUUCUGAAGUAACAGAAGUCCACUGUAAUUUGUGGGACCAUAAAAGCAUAGAUUGAUGCAUUUUUUGGU